CCGGGUACGGACGCCUUUAGGCCCAGAACUGGCGAGUGCGAAGCUGGGGCCGCCGGAGUCCAGCCCGGAACGGCGUUUGCCGGGGCCCCGGCGGAAGCCGGAACGUGUGGUGGAGCGGACCGCGGGAACCCGGAAACGCCAGGGCGGCACUGAGGUGGCGGCGGGAGCUGGCGGCGCAGCGGCUCGGCGGGCGCAGCGGACCCGGAGGGCUCAGCAGCCCCGGGCGCCCGGUCUUGCUGCCGAGCCGCGGCCCCCGGCCCGGGCAGCUGGCAGAGCCGUGGGGACGGCAAAUGAAGAUAAAACAAUGUCUGCCAACCUGAAAUAUCUCUCGUUGGGAAUUUUGGUCUUUCAGACUACCAGUUUGGUUCUAACCAUGCGUUAUUCUAGGACUUUGAAAGAGGAAGGACCUCGUUAUCUAUCUUCUACAGCAGUGGUUGUUGCUGAACUUUUGAAGAUAAUGGCCUGCAUCUUUUUAGUCUACAAAGACAGUAAAUGUAGUCUGAGAGCACUGAAUCGAGUUCUGCAUGAUGAAAUUCUUAAUAAACCUAUGGAAACACUUAAACUUGCUAUUCCAUCAGGGAUAUAUACUCUCCAGAAUAAUUUGCUGUAUGUGGCAUUGUCAAAUCUAGAUGCAGCUACUUAUCAGGUUACAUAUCAGUUGAAAAUUCUUACAACGGCAUUAUUUUCUGUGUCUAUGCUUAGUAAAAAACUAGGUGUGUACCAGUGGCUCUCCUUGGUAAUUUUGAUGACUGGAGUUGCUUUUGUACAGUGGCCUUCAGAUUCUCAAGAGCUUGAUUCUAAGGAACUUUCAGCUGGCUCUCAAUUUGUAGGCCUCAUGGCAGUUCUCACAGCUUGUUUUUCAAGUGGCUUUGCUGGAGUUUAUUUUGAGAAAAUCUUAAAAGAAACAAAACAAUCUGUAUGGAUAAGAAACAUUCAGCUUGGUUUCUUUGGGAGCAUAUUUGGAUUAAUGGGUGUGUAUGUUUAUGAUGGAGAAUUGGUAUCAAAGAAUGGAUUUUUUCAGGGAUAUAACCAGCUGACAUGGAUCGUUGUUGUUCUUCAGGCACUUGGAGGCCUUGUAAUAGCUGCUGUUAUUAAGUAUGCAGAUAAUAUUUUAAAAGGAUUUGCAACUUCUUUAUCCAUAAUAUUAUCAACACUGAUAUCCUAUUUUUGGCUACAAGAUUUUGUGCCAACCAGUGUCUUUUUCCUUGGAGCCAUCCUUGUGAUAACAGCUACCUUCUUAUAUGGUUAUGAUCCCAAACCUGCAGGAAAUCCCAUUAAAGCGUAGGUGUAUACUAUCUUUAACUGGUUUUUCACAGUGGUGCGCUAGGAGUUUCAACAUUAAUCUUGCACAGAGGACUUCUACAGAUUCUGUGAAGAUAUUUCUACAGAUUCAUCAUGCAAAUUCUGAAUCUGACCAUCUUGUUCAAAUGGUUUGAAAAUCCACAGGCAUAAGGAUAAAAUAUGUGUACUGUACAUGUAACAAAACAUUACAUGUAGAAAUUGAAACUUGAAAGUCUUUCCCAGGGUUAGAAUCAGAACAAGGAUGGGGAGGAAACAUGACAGCUCAGUUUAAAGAGUUUACCUUUCUGAUUGCUGCAGAUGUUCAAUGCACUCUUUCUUUGCCAGAGCACAUAAAAGUCAAACAGUCGUUUUUGCAAAUCAGUUCUACUUACUAAAAUUUUUUAUUACUCCUCUGUACAGAUAAAUCAAAUCUCAUAGAGUAUUCAGAGUUUGGAAAUUAUACUUACCUAUAAGGCUGAAAUAGAAAUAUGAUUUGAAAAACAUUUUCAUGUAUCUGAUAUUUUUAUAUUUAUACAAAAGGUUAUUGAACAAAGGACUAAUAAAUAUUUGUUCAGUUUGUAUAAAAUUUGAUGAAUAUUGGGUCAAAUUCAUCAGAGAAUAAAAUUCAUAUGUAAAUUUAGUAUAGGGAGACAUCUAUAUGUAUACUUAUAUGUAUACAUAUACAUAUGUGUAUUUAUAUACAUAUAUAUGUAUGUAUAUCUUCAGACUCUUCAGGGCUUUGAGACAGCUGAAAGCAAUCCAGUUGGUCCUGUGCUAGAUAAUAGCUAGUGACUUUGACACUAAGGGAGUUAUAUCCCUAACCCCCCCAAUGACAGUUCUUCACUCCAAAUUAGUUAAGUCCUUAAUACUACUUUAAAUGUAUGUAUAAUUGCCAAUAAAGUUAAAAGAUAUCAUUUAAAUAAACUAGUUGGGGGCAGAGAAAGAGAAGACAGAGUAGCUUUCUACAGAUCUCCCUCUGAGGACAAUGUUGAACUAUUGUGCAUAUACCGUAUAUAAUUAGAAAGUGUUCUGGUGAAUAUUUGUUGAUUUGCAGAAACUUCCUUUAAUAUACAACUGUUGAAAAAAUAAUAAAAAAGAUAGUAGUAUACAUUUCAAAGACCAAAAUUACUUUCUUAGACAUUCCCUAUUGCCAAAGUACAUUAUUUUAAGUGGCAUUGUAACUUUUAGUUCAAGCUGGCCAGAAUUUUUUAGGUCUCUUGUAGCAACUGUCUCCAGGAAUCCUGUCAUUUGACCACGAGAGGUGACUGAAUUCUGAUUUCUAUCUCUGUCCCCUAGAGCUGCUGCUUUACAAUAGUGGAGAUGUUUUUUAUUUCCUUCCUUUUUUGACACUGGAGUUGAGGAUGCAAAUUACAUUGAAUUAUUUAAUAAGUUCAAAGGACAGAAAAUAUAUUAGUCAUAUAUAAAGUGGUGGGCAAAAAUUGUCUUCUAUAGUUUGAAUAUAAGUUUAAUUAAAUUAUUGACUACAUAUAUGCAGAAUUGCCUAUUAGUAUAAGAAGUAUUUUACUUUAUUUUUUCAUGUAUGAUUGUAUAUAUUUUAAAAGCCCACUUAAUAGAUAUAAAAACUGUAAAAGACAUAUUUUUAUAGAGUUGUCAUGGGUUUUGUUAAAUAGAUUUUGAUUCAAAAUUACUGUUGUUAUGAACUGUUGCAUACUCUUUACUAAUUUGGACUGGCUGUGAUACUUGCUAAUACAUAGUCUCUAUAGGCCUACUUUAACUGCAUUCAUCUUAAAAGCGCUUAAAAUUAUGAAAUAUUUAAAGUCAAUUUGUUGAUACCAAAAUGGUACCAAACUUUCUGAAUGCAGACAUGAUUUCCAGUGACCACCUUUAAUCUAGAGUAUCCUGUUUAAGAACUUUGCACAUUCUUUGCAUGGUGUUUUAAGACUACAACAGCCUUUGGACUUAUAUCCUAUUACCUACUAGUAAGUGAAAUACAAACCUUGAAAAUGCACAGAAUUCAAGACUAAAAGCAAAGCCUUGGAUUUAGGUCCCAUUAUUGUUGGAGCUAUAAUUAUGUACCAAUACAGUGUGUAUUCACAAGUAAUUGUUAAUUUAGGUUUUGUCUGCCUUUGUUUUUAUCUUUAAAUUUUUAUUCAAAGUUAUUUUAUAUUAGGUAUAAGUAAUCACACAUUUUCAGGUGACCAAAAUCACAAUUUUCAAGUUUCCUAACAAAGAUUAUGAAAAUGUAAUGAAGAUUUAUGAAAAUAUACAAAGUAGUCUAACAUAUUUUCAAAGCAAACUUCUUAUUAGGCACAGUUUACAUUUUAGAUUUCUAGUGGGUCUGAGGUUAUUAUUGUGCUAGUUUAUACUUGUUAAUUCAUAAGGGAAUGAUCCUAUUUGGGAAGACUUGUGUCCUGUCCUUGAUUAUAUACAGAUAAAGACAUUUUGUGUAAGUGGUUUGCGUUUUGUUGAUCUUUAAAGAUCUUAAUGUGUCUAGCUUUUAUAAUGAUAAUUCCUUGAUUAACUUUCUAUACUUUUAGAAGUGUAUUUGUUAUCACUCAACUACUUUGUUGAAAGUGAAGAUGUGUUAAUUCAUGUAAGAACAAUGUUAAUUGGUAAUUCUGUUAAAAUUAAGAAUAUGGUUUGGGAGAAAAAUGUGGUAAAUGCAACAAUAUAAGUCCUUUUAUGAUUGAAUAUAUAGUUUACAUAUGCAAAACUUAAAUGUUUACACCAGUUUACCUUGAAUGUCACAGAACUUCAUAAAAUAGAAUGGUAGUUUGAUAUUUAAGGUCGACUCAUUACAGUCUGGAAGGAAUUAAUUGACAUUGUGCGCCAAACAGUACAAUACGGAAUAUUCUUACAUAUCAAAUUAUUAAAUAUUUAAAAUGUCAUCAUUCAACUGCUUUUUUUGUAAAGAAAGUUUUAGGAUUAGUCAUUUAAAUAGCCACUGUAAAAAUUACUGUUGGUAUAUGCUCUAUAGAAGACUUAUAAAAUUAUUUAUACUAUAUUGAAAAUCAUUUUAAGAGUCUCCAGAACAUUUUAAAUAAUUAUAGGACCAAAGAAAAAGCACUUUUAU